AUGUCGCUUGGAGGGCGGCGCUUGCCGAAGCAGCGCGCGGGGCCCGGGAAGCGCAGCCUUGGAGUGGUUUUGGUAUCGGGAGUGCUCGUAGUCCUGGCAACUUCGAAGCUCGCACUGGCUUUCGCGAAUGGGGCCACGGCUGGUGCCCACGCAGGCAGACGGCCACGGCCUGCAAUGCUUGCAGAGACCCAGGUGACAGAGAGACCGGCCACAGCGGUUAAGGCCGCCGAAGUGGACGAAGAGAAUCCACGGAAACAUGGGCUGGCACUGAUGCUGGACGAAGGCACGCGUAAGAGCCACAGCAUGGCGGAGAACACCCAGUUCGUGACGGGGUUCUUCAAAGGCCUGGGAAACCGCGACUCCUUCGCGCAGCUGGUAACAUCGCUUUAUUUCAUCUACCAGGCCAUGGAAGAAUCCUUUCAGAGUUCUGCAGAUGCCGGCGUUCGGCAUUUGGACUUCCAGCAGCUGCGCCGGACAGAUGAGGACCUGGCAUAUUUUUACGGCCCCAACUGGCGCCAGCAACUUCGGCCGUCUGCAGCCGCGGCGCGCUACUGCGAGCGCAUUCGCCAGGUCGCUGCCGAGAAUCCCCAGCUUCUCAUCGCCCACCAGUACCUGGGCGACUUGUUCGGUGGCCAGAUGAUGGGUGGCAUGGCGGAGAGCUCCUUGGGCCUCGAAGAUGGCCGGGGCACCUCCUUCUACCGCUUUCCCCAGAUCCCGGACACGAAGGCCUUCAUCACGGAGUGGUACAGGGAGCUGAACAGCCUGCAGCUGAGCUGUGAGGAGAAGGAGGCCAUCGUUGAAGAGGCCAACCUCGUCUUUCGGCUCAACAUCGACAUCCUGGAGGAGUUGGAUGGGUCGCCUCUUGCGGCGGCCUGGCAGCUGCUGUCCUCCUUCUUGCGGACCAAACUGGGCCUGGCCUAG